AUGGGCAAAUGGUGUCCAUCGCGCCGUGAAUGGUCCUCACCCCCCGACGUAGCGCGGCGGGUGUACUCCUCCGUGUUCCUGGGCAGUCCGGGUGAGUACCCAGGUGACGCAAGCAAUGCGAGUAUCGGCUCUGGUGAGGGUACGGGGGAAGAAGACGAUGACACAAACGGCAAAAAGAACCAGAAGAAAAGAGGAAUCUUCCCUAAAGUCGCCACCAACAUACUGCGGGCGUGGCUAUUUCAGCAUUUAACGCACCCGUACCCCUCGGAAGACCAAAAGAAACAAUUAGCACAGGACACAGGGUUAACAAUACUACAAGUCAAUAAUUGGUUUAUCAACGCGAGACGUAGGAUAGUGCAGCCUAUGAUAGACCAGUCAAAUAGAGCAGUAUUCCCGCAUGCCGGCCCCAGCGGCGCGUACAGCCCUGAGGCGACUAUGGGCUACAUGAUGGAUGGCCAGCAGAUGAUGCACAGGCCGCCCACGGACCCCGCUUUCCACCAGGGCUACGCGCAUUACCCGGCUGAAUACUACGGCCACCAUCUCUAA